AUGGCGGCUUCUGUUGAUAAUCGCCAAUACGCUCGGCUCGAGCCAGGUCUCAACGGAGUCGUCCGCUCCUACAAACCUCCGGCUCCUCCGUCCCGGUCCGACUCCCCCACCGCAGCCCAGACCCAAACCGUGUUCGUUAAACCGGCCAUCGUACACGACGACGACGAAGACGUCUCAAGCGAUGACGAAAACGACACCGGUUACUACAAGGAGAUGAUACGCAAAUCCAACAGCGAGUUAGAGCCGUCGAUUCACGAUCCGAGGGACGAAUACACUGCCGACAGCUGGAUCGAGCGAAACUCUUCCAUGGUCCGUCUCACAGGGAAACAUCCUUUCAACUCCGAGGCCCCUCUCAACCGUCUAAUGCACCACGGGUUUAUCACCCCCGUCCCUUUGCACUACGUCCGUAACCACGGCCACGUCCCUAAAGCCCAAUGGGCCGACUGGACCGUUGAGGUUACCGGAUUCGUCAAACGGCCCAUGAAAUUCACCAUGGACCAGCUCGUCUCCGAGUUCGCCUUCCGUGAAUUCGCCGCGACGCUGGUCUGCGCGGGAAACCGCCGGAAGGAGCAGAACAUGGUGAAGAAGUCGAAAGGCUUCAACUGGGGCUCCGCCGGAGUUUCAACCUCCGUGUGGCGUGGAGUCCCGCUAUGCGACGUGCUGCGUCGCUGCGGGAUCUUUAGCCGGAAAGGCGGCGCUCUUAACGUCUGCUUCGAGGGGUCGGAGGAUCUUCCCGGCGGUGGCGGAUCCAAAUACGGAACGAGCGUCAAGAAAGAGUACGCCAUGGAUCCAUCGAGAGACAUCAUUUUGGCUUAUAUGCAAAACGGAGAGUAUCUAACACCUGACCACGGGUUUCCGGUUCGGAUGAUCAUCCCCGGUUUCAUCGGUGGCCGGAUGGUUAAGUGGUUGAAACGUAUCAUCGUCACCACUAAAGAAUCCGACAAUUUCUACCAUUUCAAGGACAACCGAGUGCUCCCUUCCGACGUCGACGCCGAACUCGCCGACGAAGAAGGAUGGUGGUAUAAACCGGAGUACAUAAUCAACGAGCUCAACAUAAACUCCGUGAUUACGACGCCAUGUCACGAGGAGAUUCUUCCAAUCAACGCCUUCACCACACAGCGACCUUACACUUUAAAGGGCUACGCAUAUUCGGGAGGAGGAAAGAAAGUGACACGUGUGGAGGUCACAGUGGACGGUGGAGAAACAUGGAACGUGUGCGAGCUUGACCAUCAAGAGAAGCCGAACAAAUACGGCAAGUUCUGGUGCUGGUGUUUCUGGUCACUUGAAGUUGAGGUUUUGGACCUGCUUGGCGCCAAGGAAAUCGCCGUUCGCGCUUGGGAUGAGACUCUCAACACUCAGCCUGAAAAAAUGAUCUGGAAUCUCAUGGGGAUGAUGAAUAACUGUUGGUUUAGAGUGAAGACAAAUGUGUGCAAGCCACACAAGGGAGAGAUCGGGAUUGUGUUCGAGCACCCGACGCUGCCGGGUAACGAGUCCGGUGGAUGGAUGGCUAAAGAACGUCACUUGGAGAAAUCUGCCGAUGCUCCUCCGACGCUCAAGAAAUCCAUUUCCACGCCGUUUAUGAACACCACCGCGAAGAUGUACUCAAUGUCCGAAGUCAAGAAGCACAAUUCCGAAGAUUCUUGCUGGAUCAUCGUCCACGGUCACAUCUAUGACUGUACCAAGUUCCUUAAAGACCAUCCGGGUGGUUCGGAUUCGAUCUUGAUCAAUGCCGGGACAGAUUGCACGGAGGAGUUUGAAGCAAUUCACUCUGAUAAAGCCAAGAAGAUGCUUGAGGAUUACAGGAUCGGAGAGCUGAUCACAACCGGUUAUUCCUCUGACUCUUCCUCGCCGAACACUUCCGUUCACGGUGGCUCAGCCGUGUUCUCGCUCUUGGCUCCGAUCGGAGAAGCGGCUCCGGUUAGGAACGUCGCUUUGGUUAACCCCCGGGCUAAAGUCCCGGUUCAACUCGUCGAAAAGACAUCGAUUUCUCAUGAUGUUCGUAAAUUCCGGUUUGCUUUACCGGUUGAGGACAUGUUUCUUGGUUUACCGGUCGGUAAGCAUAUUUUCCUCUGCGCCACGAUCAACGACAAGCUCUGCCUCAGGGCUUACACUCCAAGCAGCACCGUUGAUGUGGUUGGCUACUUCGAGCUCGUGGUCAAGAUUUACUUCGGUGGGGUCCAUCCGAGAUUCCCCAACGGUGGGCUCAUGUCUCAGUAUCUUGACUCGUUGCCAAUCGGGUCAACUUUGGAGAUUAAAGGACCGUUGGGUCAUGUUGAGUAUCUAGGCAAGGGUAAUUUCACGGUUCACGGUAAACCGAAGUUUGCUGAGAAACUGGCUAUGGUGGCGGGUGGAACCGGAAUUACCCCGGUUUACCAAAUCAUGCAAGCCAUUCUGAAAGAUCCUGAGGAUGAGACUGAGAUGUAUUUGGUUUACGCGAACCGAACCGAAGAAGAUAUUCUGCUGAGGGAGGAGUUGGAUAGCUGGGCUGAGAAUUAUCCGGACCGGUUAAAGGUUUGGUACGUUGUGGAAUCGGCUAAGGAAGGUUGGGCUUAUAGUACCGGGUUUAUAACCGAGGCGAUUCUACGGGAACAUAUCCCUGAUGGUUUAGAUGGAUCGGCACUUGCGAUGGCUUGUGGACCACCACCGAUGAUUCAGUUUGCGGUUCAGCCGAAUUUGGAGAAGAUGAAAUAUAACAUCAAGGAGGAUUUCUUGAUCUUUUAA